UCUCUACGACAGGACCCAUACGUUCUAGCGUACCGCUACAAGGACUAUAUGGAAGAGCACCCGAUGCAGCGCCACCUAUCUGGUCAUGAAUACUCCAAUAAGUACUUUGAGAACCUUCUAGCUAACCAGCCUGAACCCGAUGCCGAUGCCGUAGACGACCGUUCACGUGCGGUAAGGUACGCGAAGGAGCGCUAUGAAUGUUACUAUGAGAUCCGGGACAUCGAGCGUAUCAUUGGAUGGCUGAACGAGGCAGAAGAGAAGCCGGUUGCC